CCCGCCUGUGAGGGCGCGCGCACGGGAGGUGGCGGGGGGUUGUGCUCGCUCCUGCUCUCUAUGCUCUCUGACCCCAGUGGCAGCUCCGACUCACUGCACUCCCCCUCCGUCACACUUCUCUCUCUCCGCUGUCUGUCAGUGUCUCUCCUCCUCUCUCCCCUUCGCUCUCUUGUCUGGUUUCUUUCCACAGGAGCCAGCCGAGGUCUCGCCGGGUCGAAGGUUCUGCCCUAUCCGCCCAGACUGCCGCAACCCCCAGACGGCAGCUCACAGCCUCCCCGCUCUCCUGCCGCUGCCGCAUGGACCCGCGUCCCUCCGCCGCCGCCGCGUAGAGGGCGACCCCGACCCGACACUCUUUCUCCGGCCAGAUAAAACCCGCACAAAUAACCCACACGAAGACUGCAGUGUGUCCUGGUCGAGUCGGUCGGCUGGGUCGCUGCUGGGACACUUCCUGGGCUUUUUGAGCGGCCCUGAAGGAUGACUGCUGCAUGGCUCGCUGCUGAAUCCCGGUGAACGAACGGCGUCUCAUGUCCAAACGGCGGAAGGAUGGCUCAUGGCAAAGUGACCAUCACGGUGGACGAGUACAGCUCCAACCCCACACAGGCCUUCACACACUACAACAUCAACCAGAGCCGCUUCCAACCUCCACAUGUCCACAUGGUGGACCCCAUUCCUUAUGACACUCCCAAGCCAACAGGACACACCAGGUUUGUGUGUGUGUCUGAUACACACUCGCGAACAGACGGCAUCCAGAUGCCCUACGGCGACGUGCUGCUGCACACGGGUGACUUCACCGAGCUGGGCCUGCCCUCCGAGGUUAAGAAGUUCAACGACUGGCUAGGUGGCCUCCCUUACGAGUUCAAGGUGGUGAUCGCCGGCAACCACGAGCUGACCUUUGAUAAGGACUUUAUGGCCGAGCUGGUCAAGCAGGAUUACUACCGAUUCCCCUCUGUAUCCAAACUCAAACCUGAGGACUUUGACGAUGUGCAGACGCUCCUCUCAAACUGUGUUUACCUGCACGACUCGGACGUCACCAUAAAGGGAUUCCGGAUAUACGGGGCGCCCUGGUAA